UACUUCAGCAUCCUGCCCGCCGCACACUUUUCCGCAGAGACACCUUCCACCAGCCCCGUGUCCGAGUACCAGGCCUGCACCCCUUCGGACCCCGCCAACCCACUGCUGGCCUUCCGUCCAGGCCCUCCGUCGUUCAUGUCCGCCGACGCAGACGCCUCGCGUCUGCUGCAACUGCAGACCGACGCUUCGCACCGCCCCUCGCCAGAUCCCCUCCAGCCACAGCAUCGCGCCUCAAGUGCCUUGUCCAACAGCUCGGUCAGUUCGGCCUCGAGUUCCAGUUCCAGCUACACGCCCCCGUCGACGCUGUCUUGUUGCCGCUGCCGCCGCCAGUGCCUGGCCAACAUGUACCAGAUUGGCACCAACCGCUACUACUGCAGCCACUGCGCUAGGAUGACUGGUUACAGCGCUGGCUGA